AGAAAGCAGGGUGAUUCCCAACCAUGGGCCUCACAAACGCUUUGUCGCUACCAAGAGUAGGUCCUCGCGAAGUUUCUCUCCAAAUCUCCGUUUCAAAUGUCAUUUCUGGCCACGGAUUUUAGAGUUAAGAUGACAUUGCUGUGCCGGGUGGAUGAAAUCUACUACUCCGAUUAUUCGGACACGGAGCUUGUCUAGGCUUCUCCGUACCAGCGACACUUCCAAAGGGGGAGGGCGACUUGACUUAGUAGUGUUGCACAACCUCAGCUGGUACGGAGAAGUUUUGGGCAGUAGUCUAGCUAAGUAUACAAUUAGAAGUCUAUCGGCAGCUAUUCCAGGAGCACUGGUGCUCAAAGAAAAAUCCCCGUCGUUGGAGCGAGCUCGAGCCACUAUGGAUUCCAUUAUUGCUGCUCCAAUGAUUAAGUCAUUUCUGGCAGGAUCGUUCAGCGGAACAUGCUCCACAAUUCUCUUCCAACCGCUGGACUUGGUAAAGACAAGGCUACAGAGCCCCCUGGCCAUCGGGUAAGGCACUACAGGUCGAUUUCGGGGGUGUACAACCCAAGCACGAUAUGGGGUGUGCCCGCAAACACGGUCGGUCGGUCAGCCUGGGUACUGGAGCACUGGUGGUGAUGGUACUAAGUACACUAAGAUGCACGCUGGUGUGAUGUUACGUUAGUGGGGGCACCUGUGGCUAUGAUCCAGUAUGGAUGAUAUGGUCCAAGAGCCAUGCUGGCAUGCUUAAGACCCUGGUCACCGUCAUCCGCAAUGAGAAAGUGGCUGGCCUUUGGAAGGGGGUCACCCCGUCUAUCUGGCGCUGUGUGCCAGGAGUCGGGAUGUACUUCUGUACUCUGCACGAGCUCAAGGCAUUCUUCUUCAGCGAGACUGACCCAACCGCAGCCCAGUCCCUGCUGCUUGGUGCCACAGCUCGCUCAAUUGUCGGCGUCUCCAUGUUACCUGUGACCGUAGUGAAAGUUAGAUACGAGUGCGGGAUGUUCCAGUACCGCGGCGUUGCGGCUGCGCUGAAGGACAUGUACCGCCAUGAGGGCAGGAAGGGCCUGUACAGUGGGCUGAGCGCCACUCUGCUGAGGGACGUGCCGUUCUCAGGAAUUUACUUCAUGUGUUACUCCGAGCUCAAGAAACGCAUACCCGGUGAUCAGCUGGACUCUAGUUUUGUCCCCAUCCUCCACUUCACGUGCGGCAUCGUGGCCGGAGCGAUGGCCUCGGCCGUCACGCAGCCUGCUGACGUCAUCAAAACACAGAUGCAGAUCCACCCCUACAAGUUCAAGUGGAUGGGGUCAGCUGCCGUCAGCGUAUACGAGAUUGAUGGGCUGAAGGGUUUCUUCCGAGGCAUCGUUCCACGCACCGUUCGGCGCACGUUGAUGGCAGCCAUGGCGUGGACAGUCUACGAACAGAUCAUGAAGACACUUGGGCUGAAGUAAGACAACGUCUUACAUCAGGCCAUUAUCUAGAUGUCCUCAAGAAGUCAAGCUCUCUGCCAAAAGGAACCUGUGAUAGAAACUUUAGUAAAAAAAAGCAAGGUCUUCAGAAAAGCACACAGAAUGUUUGUCAGUUUCUGAAACCGUCCAUAUACAACAAGCAAGAUGUGUGUACAGUGAAGUCAAGCCACGAAGGGCAAGAGGAGAAUCCAAGGAGAGUCGUUCAGGAGAGAGUUGAACGUGAAACUUCCAAACUUGACAGACUGUCGUAUUGCAGCAAAGUCCAGGAGAGGAGGAGCCAUGUUCACGAGCGAUCCUGCCAGAUUGGAAAUUUACGAUGUGUCUGUACCGGCAACCAUAGCUCCAGGCAAAACAGUGCAAUGAGACAACAGUCCCACAUCUAUGAGUAGACGUAAAGCCAGUUUGGUUCGCGUUUGGUCUGUGGGAGGGGGAUAGUCGUCGACCAAACGGAACAAAAACUGGAUUUCCGGCUGCACCAAGUUUUUCAGCCAUGUGUAGGAAAUCUGUAACGCUUUCCACGUUGUGAGGCUGAAAUAGAAAUGUCUGUCCUGACUCCUGUGAAAGGGUUGUUGUACAUGUUAGUUGUUAGUCACAGUUCAAAGCUAAGGAAUCAGAGGGGCUGCAAUGAGGUAUCAAAGAAGUUGAAUGGAUCCUGGUAGUCCAAUUGCUCAGUAUGAUCUGCUAGACUCCAUGAGUUUAGCUGUGUAUAUAUCAAAGUAUGCAAAGUAAAUCAUUAUAAGUGCCAAUGUUAUAACUUAAUCGUUGCGUUAUAUGCAGCCCCAUAGCUCACGGUUGAGACAUUUUAGCAGACUAAUUGUACAACGUGCUCCAAGGAUGUGCUCAAGCCAGGCCAGAUCUGUUGUCAAGUUUGAUGAUAUUUAUUUUAUGUGUAUACCGACUAAAAGUAUGACUGUAGAUUUGGGUGUACCUUUCCAAAAUGCAGGACAAUGUCUAGAUUGUGUAUGUGAAUUGAAUAUUUGACAUGGUCUGCAUUCUAUUUAAAGAUAACUUGCUAGUAAGAGAAACCUGGGUUGAGCAUAUUGUUAGGAGCAAGGAUGUGUGGAAAAUUUAAGGAUAUAGGAAGAUUGAAUUUCUUGAAGACAAGACUUACACAGAGUGGAUUUUUGAAGGGUGAACCAGAGCUUACAGAAAGUAGAUGUAUGUCUUAGUAUGUAAUCCAAGAGGAGACUCUUAUCUAGUAACCUGUCGUGUAUUUCACAUUUGAGUUUAACUCUCUUACACAAAACUUACAAUGGUUACUACAACAGGCACUCAGUGAGGUACCUGAUAAGUGUGAUGCACUGGCUUCUUUCAUUAUACUUUAAUAGGUACUGCCAUAGAUAAGUUGAUAACGUAAACUUUUGACCAUUCCCAUGUGAGCAAUCUGAAUGCGGGCAGAUUCUCUAGUUCCGGAAGUUUCUAUCUCUUGCGGCACCUUAGAAAGAUGUGAACAUGUUGCAACCGGUGCUUUUUUUCAAGAGAAAAACUACGCGAGGAAUCUUGGAAAGUUCUUCCCGUAGGAAGAAGCAAUGGCCGGGAGAAAAAAAAUAUCUGCCUUGUCGGCAAGGAAAGAUUUUAAAUUAAGUUCAGCCAUGCUUACUGUAUUAGCAUGAUUGCUGUCAUUGUCUGGGUCUGUACAUAUCUAAUUGUUUUGCCAUGUAUAAAGAAUAAAUGACAAUAAUGUUGAAGACUA